CAUGAAAAGAAUGAAAAUGUCAGAGGAGGUGUUGGUUUGCCAUUUAAUCCUACACAAGUUGAGCUCCCAUUGUUACUUAGCUUCCCAUAAGGAAGCCAGGGGGAGUUUCUCUCAAGGGAGGGCAGUGUGUGUUGAUUUUACAUCAAAAAGGGAAUGAAAGUGUCGGAGGAGGUUCUGUUCGUCACUUGGAGUAACAAUCCUGGAGUUCACAGUCACAAUCUGCAUAAGGGCUGCUAAGCUUCUUCAUCGAAUGGGGAAGAGGCAGACACUUCUCUUGGGCCAAUCAAAAGCUAGAGUCUGUUCAAGAUUAGAUUUACAGCAGUCUUAGCAUAGCACGCCAAAAGCCACCAGAUUCUUCCUUGGCUCAGAAGACCUACAGAGAUCAGCAGUCCUACAUCCAGGCUGUCUGGUUUUAACAUUGGUGUGUUUUCCUGCUUCAUCCAAUAUGCACCUUUUCAGCUUUUUGUGGCAAAUUGUCUUCCUUUGCCAAGGGUUUAUGUUUUGCCACAAUGAGAUCAUUUCCAAAGAAGAGAUUUUCAAAACGUGCUGAGCCUGUUGUCCUACAGAAGAAAGACUUUCUGAGCCAUGAUGCCAUGAACGCCUUUUUAAGCAUCUUGGAGAAACGUGUGCACUGCUUUGGAGUGUCGUGUGGAAAGUGUCUUACAUUUGAUGAUUUCACUCAGCUUACGAGGCACAACUUAUCAGAAGCAAGCAGAAUCGAGUCAGAAGACUUCUUCAAUCUCACCGCGGGUCUGGUGUUUUACCUGAGCAACCCUUCUCAAGCGUGUCUUGCUAUAAAGAAUAAAGAGUGGAACUAUGAAACAACAGCUUUUGUGCAAAGUCUGGUGGGAGAAGACAGUCUGGAAGACCACUUCAUUCUGCCCCCAAAUAAACUGGAGGACCUGCUGCUUGCAAUAGAAAAGAAUUACCUACCAGUGGACACAGAUAAGUCCUGCGUUAGUGCAGCUGACCUCCAUGAUGAAAGCUUAUCAUCUUCCGGCAGCACAUCAACAGACAUUCUUCGGCUUUUUGGGAAUAUCAUUUUCUUUGUUCUCAGAGGAGACUGCAUCCAUGUACACAAGCUGCCAGGACCCGUUUAUUUUCUGGACUAUAUUUUUGAUCACUAUAAAAAUGAAUCUGAAAACAUGACUUUGACAGGUCUUUCUGAACUUAUGUCUGACUUGAAGCUGGGCGCUGAGACUCAAAGGGAAGAUGGACAUGCAGAUGAUCAUGAUGGUCAUGAAACCAACAGGGCUCUUCACAAUGGAAGCUGGGAUGCGAAAUGUUUCAAUCCAGAGGAGAUCUUGAUGAUUUACAAUAUUGACAACAGCACGGGAGUGUCAAGAUCACAGUUUGCACAUCUAAGCCCAGCACUUAUACAGCAAAUACUGAGCAAGUCGUGUGAACUUCUGACGAGCUCUCAACAAGACCCUGGACUGGUGACAUCCUGGGAAACAUAUGUGUACGCGUCAAUCGCAAACUUGAUCAUAUGUCUCUGUGCCCUCUUUGGCAUCAUGGUCCUGACUUGCAGUUCAUGCAGUACCGUCUAUCAGUACCUGAUCCAGUUCUGCAUCAGCCUGGCCGUAGGCUCUCUCACGGGAGAUGCCAUCUUACACCUCAUUCCUCAGUUUCUUGGUGUCCAUGGAGAGCACUCUGGAGAAGAGGAAGGCAAUCAAGAUGAACACAGCAAAGAAUACAUCUGGAAGCUUUUGGUGGUGCUUGUUGGAAUUUAUUUAUUUUUUGUAAUGGAAACAUUGUUCUCCAUCAUCAUUCGUCCUCAUCAACAUUCUGAGGGUGAAAAUAAUACCAACCACUGUGACCAUGGAACUGUGCUUCAGAAUUAUCACAAUGAAAAAAAGAGUAAAUCGUCGUCUUCUACCUCACAGGCCGAUCUGAUGGAGAAAGAUGAUCUGGAAAGCAACCAGCAGACUUGUAAUACUAAAACCCGAGAGCAACAGCUCCUCCCGUACAUGAUCACGAUAGGGGAUGGCAUCCACAACUUUGCAGACGGCCUUGCAUUGGGUGCGGCGUUCUCACUGUCAUGGAAAUCAGGCCUUGCUACGUCUCUGGCAGUGCUUUGUCAUGAGCUUCCUCAUGAGUUAGGUGACUUUGCUGUUCUGAUGCAUUGUGGUUUGACUGUGAAGAGAGCCAUCCUGCUGAAUUUUGGGAGUGCCCUGACUUCAUUUAUUGGACUGUAUAUAGCGCUUUCAGUAUCCGUGAACCAGGCAGCACAGGAGUGGAUUUUCACCAUCACGACUGGCCUCUUUCUUUACGUUGCUCUCGCUGACAUGCUGCCGUCUAUGAUGCACAAGGACCACAAGAGACCCUGGCUUUUAUUAUUCUUGCACAACUGUGGCUUAUGGACUGGAUGGGGAAUUCUUCUACUGCUUUCAGUCUUUGAGGAAAAUAUCACUGUCUAGAUCUUUAAGGAAUAGGGGAAUGUGAAGUGCAAUUACUCAGCAUAGACUAAUCAGAUUUAGGAUAGUUUAUGCAUUAUACUCGCACAAUGGUGCAAAGUUACAUACAAUUAUUUUUAUAAUCUGGCAUGAAAACAGUUCUUCUUGUGGAAUACUCUGCAGGCAGUGUGGCAAAGUGAUUAAGGCUUUGGACUGCAAACCCUGAGCUUGUGGGUUCAAAUUCCACUGGUGACACUGUGACCACGAGCCAGUCACUUCACCUGCCUGUGCUGCAAUUGGAGGAACAAAUGAAAUGCAACCAAUUGAAUCUUAAAUGUUGUUAGUGGCCUUGGAUAAAGAUGUCAGCCAAAUAACAAUCAGUAAUACUCAGUGCUGCAGAGGAGAACAGCAGCGGAUACUCGUCUGUGUGCUGCUGUCAAAUGUGUGCUGCAAAAAGGAAUUCUUUAUGAUAUUUAAUGUCAUCGCAGAAAAGCACAACUUAAACCAAUGUGGCUUGGAAAUUGUAAUUGGCUUUUAAUCAACAGCUGUUAAACUGUUACAUGUCCUAUAGAAUCUUGAAUUAAAUAUAAAGAUAGUCACUUUAAGCAUCUAAUUAGUUUCAGAUAGGGGUCUUAUUUGUAUUUUGUAAACAUCUUCUAAAAAAUUUGUAUUUAAUUUAAAUUCAACUGGAAAUUCUAGCAUCUUUAUCUAAUAUCUAACACCACUAAGGUACUGUUUAUCACUAAAAGGUGCUGCAUAAUACCAGACUAUGACAAUAUUUGACUUAUUUGUCAUGAUGAUGGCCUGCACAUUUUUGUCACUUGAUGUCACUUUUUGUGAGAAGUGCUACAUGCAGCACAGCUUGCACUUUCUAGCAUCGUUUAGCAACAAAUGAACAAAGAUAUUGGCCAUACUAUGAUGGUCAUACUAUUGCAUCAAUAAAAUAUAAAGGGCUGAA